ACUGAUAGACGGCACUGACUGGCAUCACUGCUGGGCAUUGACUGGCUGCACUGACUGGCACAACCCCUGGGCACUGACUGGUGGCACUGACUGGCAGCACUGGUGGGUGGCACUGGUGGAUGGCACUGGUGUGUGACACUGCAGAGUGGCACAGGUGGGUGCACUGCUGGGAACAGGUGGGCGGAGCUUGCGGGUGGAACUGCUGGGCACCGAUCAUCAGGGCACUGAUCAUCAGUGCCCUGAUGAUCGGUGCCGAUCCCCGCUCUGACAACUGCCGGUUCUCGGCAGUACUUUCCUCACGAUCUGACAGCGUGAGGAAAGUGCAGCCGAGAACCGGCACUUGC